UCCGCCGGAGUUCGCGGCUGGACCUCCGGCUCCUGGCAGCGCUGGCCGAGAUGCUGCUCCUGUCCCUGCUGCGGGCGGCUCGGCCUCUGCCACGAUGUGGUCAGCUGGUGAGGACGGCCACACGGUGCCAGCACAGUGAGGCGGCCCGGACCCAGGCUGGAGAAGCCUCCAGGGGCUGGACGGGCCAGGAGAGCCUGUCGGACAGUGACCCCGAGAUGUGGGAGCUGCUGCAGAGGGAGAAGGACAGACAGUGUCGUGGCCUGGAGCUCAUCGCCUCGGAGAACUUCUGCAGUCGAGCCGCACUGGAGGCCCUGGGGUCCUGUCUGAACAACAAGUACUCGGAGGGCUAUCCUGGCAAGAGAUAUUAUGGGGGCGCAGAGGUCGUGGAUGAAAUCGAGCUGCUGUGCCAGUGCCGGGCCUUGGAGGCCUUUGACCUGGACCCCGCGCGGUGGGGGGUCAACGUGCAGCCCUACUCGGGGUCCCCGGCCAACCUGGCCGCCUACACAGCCCUGCUGCAGCCGCACGACCGCAUCAUGGGGCUGGACUUGCCCGACGGGGGCCACCUCACGCACGGCUACAUGUCUGACGUCAAGCGGGUCUCGGCCACCUCCAUCUUCUUCGAGUCCAUGCCCUACAGGCUGGACCCCCAGACCGGCCUCAUCGACUACGACCAGCUGGCGCUGACCGCCCGGCUCUUCCGCCCGAGGGUCAUCAUCGCCGGCACCAGCGCCUACGCGCGCCUCAUCGACUACGCCCGCAUGCGGGAGGUGUGUGAUGAGGUCAGGGCGCACCUGCUGGCAGACAUGGCCCACAUCAGUGGCCUGGUGGCGGCCAAGGUGAUACCCUCGCCCUUCGAGCACGCGGACGUGGUCACCACCACCACCCACAAGACCCUGCGGGGCGCCAGGUCAGGACUCAUCUUCUACCGGAAGGGGGUGCAGGCUGUGGACCCUAAGACUGGCCGCGAGAUCCCUUACACGUUCGAGGACCGAAUCAACUUUGCUGUGUUCCCCUCCCUGCAGGGGGGCCCCCACAACCACGCCAUUGCGGCCGUGGCCGUGGCCCUGAAGCAGGCCUCCACCCCCAUGUUCCGCGAGUACUCGCUGCAGGUUCUGAAGAACGCGAGGGCCAUGGCCGACGCCCUGCUGGAGCGCGGCUACUCGCUGGUGUCUGGUGGCACCGACAACCACCUGGUGCUCGUGGACCUGCGGCCCAAGGGCCUGGACGGCGCGCGGGCCGAGCGGGUGCUGGAGCUGGUGUCCAUCACGGCCAACAAGAACACGUGUCCCGGAGACCGAAGCGCCGUCACCCCCGGGGGCCUGCGGCUGGGGGCCCCGGCCUUGACCUCUCGGCAGUUCCGCGAGGAUGACUUCCGCAGAGUCGUGCAGUUUAUAGACGAAGGCGUCAGCAUUGGCUUGAAGGUCAAGAGCAGGACCGGUGAGUGA